AUGCUUGACUUUAUGAAAAGCUUCAACCAAGGGUGGUACCUCACCACCCUUUCAUCCAUUUUGUGUGCCCUGGGGACGUUUAUCAUUUUCCUCGAUGACAUUUAUGAGAUUUUGUUCCCACGUUGGUUCACAAGGAGGUUUCCUUUCCAUUUGAAGGAGAACUACGCUUUUAUGAACGGGUCUUUGGCAUUCAGUUCCGGCUGUUUAUUGUUUACGGCGUUAUACAGACUUUUACCUGAGGCGAUGGAGAAUCUCAUCCCCAGCGAUGAAUCAGCAGACGUAUCACAACAAGAGAUCAAUAUCGUGUUGAUUACUUCUUUUAUUGCGGGAAUUGCUGCAUGUUACAUUUUCAACCAGCUUUUGCAUUUGCUUACUGCUGAAUCGGUGGUGCAUUGUUCUCAUGACGGUGAAGAUAAAGUGGAGUCUCUUCCUUACUCUGAGCUUCGUGACGAACACCACUCUCACAGCCAUGGACACGAUGAACCUGAGCAUCACGAACAAAGCCAUAGCCAUAGUCAUGGCAACGACGCUGGUGCUCACCAUGAUCACGAAGAGUCUGCUGGCACGUCUUCUGGUGCCGCUCACAACGCUACUGCUCCUGCUACUGCCGAGGAAUUAGAGAGCGCUCCUUUAUUGGGCCACCGCAAGUCACAGGGGCUUCUUCACUACUUUGCUCAAAAUGAGGAGGACGACCAGUUGUUAGGUGAAUGUAAGGGCUACACCUCUGCUGAGCUUUGUUUACACGACCAGGUCCAGAGCAAGCCCCAUUUCUGCGAGAUCCCUGCUAUCCGCAAAAAUGAGAGCGAGGAGAGCCUGGCGCUGGCGCUGGGACAUUCCGAAGACGAUCACCGCCAUGAUCAUCGCCAAAAGUCCGACGUGACGUUUACUAGAUCUGUCCUGGAAGUCCAUUCUCAACAUGGAAGGUCAGAACACCAUCACCACCAUGUUAACUCCCCCCUUUCUAGACUUAUGCUUAUUGGCGUGCAAACAAUCCUUGCCAUUACGUUGCAUAAAUUUCCUGAAGGUUUUAUCACAUAUAUUACCUCCGAGACUGAUCCCGAGCUCGGAGUUUCUAUUUUCCUAAGCCUUUUGAUUCAUAACUUCACUGAGGGCUUUUCCAUGUGUUUGCCACUUUACUACUCCUUUGCGUCUGGCAAAGCGCGUUGGGCUAAGUUCAAGGCGGUUAGUAUUAGUGCAAUUUUAGGUGGCUUCUCGCAACCUUUGGGAGCACUUGGUGGCUUUAUCUUUUUAAAAGCAAACCAUGCGGGUAAUUCAAAUAUAGACAUUGACAAGCUCAACUUCAUUUUCGGCAUCACCAUGGCUGUGACCUCUGGGUUCCUUUGUGUGAUUGCGUUAUCGAUGUACGGCUCUGCCGUGGCAUUCAGCGGCUCGCCCAACUUUGUUAUGAUUUGGUGCAUUGUGGGUAUGUGCAUAAUUGGCCUCCUGUCGCUUAUCUUGGCUGAAACCUAA